AUGUACACCUUGAUGGGAGGCGGGCUAUUGUGUGCGGUCUCAGGCCUGGUCCUUCUCAUCGUUGCCACGGCGACCGACUUCUGGAUGCAGUAUCGCUACUCGGAGAACUUGAGCAACCAGGGGCUCUGGAGGUUCUGCGUGAGCGGCAAGUGCCACCCCCACACCGUCAGCAUUGCCUUCUGGGACGCCACCCGGGCAUUCAUGCUGCUCUCCAUCCUCUCCUGCUUCGCGGGCAUCAUCCUGGGCCUCACCGCCUUCUCCAGCAACUCCAGGGCAUCCCGGACCCGCUCCGCUGGCAUCACCCUGCUGAUCGCUGGUCUCCUGGCAUUGCUGGGGCUGUCGGUGUACACUGGCGUGACGGUGAAUUUCUUCGGUAAGCGCUACGCUAACUGGCGCUUCUCCUGGUCCUACAUCCUGGGCUGGAUCGCUGUCAUCCUCACCCUCUCGGCAGGCAUUUUCCACAUCUGUGCUGUCUCCAAGAGGCCGUCCCCGGAGAGCUCCAAUGUGGCAAGCGGCUGA